AACUUUUAACACCCCUAUUUUUGCGUCGCUUGUAAAAAAAUGCAGUUAAAUAAUUAUUCAUUCAAACUAAGUACCAACAUAGUAAUAAGUGCAUGAAAAGAUGGCGCUAGUCGUUAUCAACAGCAAAAGAUACUUAUCUACUUAACUAUUUAUAGCUGAUGAUGAUCGCGAACUGCUCUAGCGAGGAACGUGUGAAUGCGUCGCAGUCGCACACAAACAUGCACCACAAGGCAAAACAAGUGCACGUUUUCCUUUUAGCUAAAUGUGUUUAUAUUUGCAAUUGCAAGUACCAGUGACGUCGGCGGCUAGUGGGACGUGUCAUACUGUGAGCCGAGUGUGAGCCUGCGGGGUGGAGGCUGGUGGAGGGCCAGUGUCCUCGCGGCCAGUGGACGAGGCGUCAGCGGCGGGCAGUGGAAACUUAUACAUUAUAAGAGUGCACGUGACAUUGUGAUCCGUGGCCCGUGGCAGUGACCGCGGCCGCUGUCGGGGUGAAAGAGCGCUCGACACAACUGCAGUUAGCGGAACUACUUUAUACGCAAGUAUGAUAAUCAUUUCAGCGGCUACACAACCAUACAAGCAACACUUCGGGCGGUGGCGGUUUGUGGAACCGCCGGAGCCAUGCGCCACGCGGCGCUGCUGCUGCUGCUGACAGCGGCGGGGGCGGCGGGGGUUGCGUGGGUGGAGGCGGAGCGGCGGGGGGACGCCGAGCUGCCAGUGUACGGGGGCGCGUGCGGCGCGCUGGGCGGCGCGGCGCGCUCGGGGCUACCGGCGUGCGGCGGCGCGGCGUGGGACUCCCCGCACUGCGUGCUCGGCGCGGUGCGGGCGCUGGCGGGCGGCGGCGUGGCGCUGUGCGUGCCGCUGGGCGCGGGCUGGGCGGCGUGCGCGGCGCGCUGGCUGGCCGCUCUGCGCGUGCAGGACGCGGGCGACGCCGCGCCCCCCGCGCGCCGCGCCUGCCUCGCCGCCUCCGCCCCCGCGCCCCCGCCGCCGCUGCUCGCGCUGGCUGAUCCAAGCGUCGCCGUGCAGUACCAGCUAUCUGAGCGCGCGCAAGAGAUCCUGGUGAACUACACUAUCGAGAUGACCGAUACAAAACAUUGUGAAGGCUGUGUAAAUGGCACGUACAUCCCGGCUUGGUGCGAGGGCGGGGGGUGCGCGACGCUGCUGGUGGAGGGGGCGGGGGAGGUGGUCGCGCUGGGCGGGGCAGUGCGGCGCGGGGCGCUGCGGGCCGCUGUGCGGGGCGUACGGGACCUGCCGGCGGCGCUGGCGGCGCUGCACGGGGAGCGCGUGCUGGCGUGCGGCUGGCCCCCGCAGCUGGCCCCCCUCGCCGGCGCCGCGGCGCUGCCCCCCCCGCCCUGCGCCGCCCCCGCCGCCGCGCGCGACUGCAGCGCCGCGUCGCUGCCGCGCGAGGACGAGUGUCCGUUCGAGACGCGGCGCCUCGCCAAGCUGCUGGACGAGAGCACGGCCAAGUACUCCCCGCACGUGGCGCGCCGCCUGCAGCGCCUGGCGUUCAGCGCGCGGGAGGUGCGGGAGCAGGUGGCGGGGGGCGCGGCGGCGGCGGCGGGGCGCGCGCGGGGCGGCGCGGGGGCGGGCGCGUGGCGCGUGCUGCUGCUGGCGCCGCUGGGCGGGCGGGGCGGGGCGGGGCUGGCGGCGGCGGCGCGCGCGGCGGAGCAGGCGGCGGGCGGCGCGCUGCGGCUGGACGUGCAGGACGCACGCUGCUCGGCGCGGCGCGCGCUGUACGAGGUGUCGGACGCGGUGACGCGGCGCGGCGCGGCGGCGGUGGCGGGCGGCGCGUGCGAGGAGGCGGCGGCGGCGGCGGCGGCACUGGCCGAGGUGUUCGGGCUGCCGUCGCUGAGCUACACGGCGGGGGCGGCGGGGCGGGGGCGCGUGCUGGCGGCGGGGGCGGCGCGGCAGCUGGGGGCGGCGCUGGGCGCGCUGCUGGCGGCGCAGGGCUGGCGGCGCGUGGCGGUGCUGAGCGACGCGGGGGCCGCGGGGGCCGCGGGGGGCGGGGGCUGGGCGGCGCUGCUGGGGGCGCAGGUGCUGCUGCACCACGUGCUCCCCGACCACGAUCACUACGACGACUUUCAAAAUAGAACCUAUGAGUGGUCGCUGCGGGCGGAGGAGCUGGGCGCGCGCGUGCUGGUGGUGGCCAGCGAGGACGAGCUCGUGGUGGAGGCGGCGCUGUGCGGGGCGGGGGGCGGGGGCGCGCGGGGGCCGGGGUGGGGGGCGCGGGGCGGCGCCGUGUGGCUGCUGGCGCGCGAGCCCCCGGCCGCGUGGUGGCGCGCCGCCCCCGCCUGCGCGCGCGCCCAGGCGCCGCACGUGCUGAGCGUGGCGCCCGCCUGGGCCGCCGACUGGCGCGACCGCCCGCACACGCCCCACCAGGCGGAGUGGAUAUCACGCUGGCGGGAGCAGUGCGACUACGUGCGGGACGAGGGCGGGGGCGCGGGCUGCGGCGAGGCGGGCCCGGGGGGGGCGGGGCCGGGGGCGGCGGCCGCGCUGCUGCACGACGCGCUGCUGCUGUGGACGGGGGCGCUGCGCCGCUUGCCGCCCCCCCAGCAAGAUCUACUCUACCGUCGUGACGUGCGCAGACAGUUAAUCGAGUACAUCAAGGAAAGUAACUACAGUGGUCUGACGGGGCAGUUCGAGUGGGAGGACACGGAGGGCGGCGGGCUGGCGCGGCGCGGGGCGGUGGUGGUGACGCAGUGGGGCGCGGCGGGGGCGCGGCGCGUGGCCGAGUGGGGCGCGGGGGGGCUGCGCGUGUUGGCGCCCCUGCAGUGGGUGUCGGCGCGGCCGCCGGACGACGGCGCCGCGCGCUGCGUGCUGCAGCCGCUGGCCGACGCGCUGGCGGGGGACUGCCGCGCCGCGCUGGGCGCGCUGCUGGGCGCGCUGCUGGCGGCGCUGCUGGCGGCGCUGGGCGGCGGCGCCCUGCACGUGCGGCGGGCGCGCGAGCGGCGGCGGCGCGGGGCGGCGCGCGUGCGGGAGCUGCCGCCGCCGGGCCCCUGGGAGGUGCCCCGCGAGCGCGUGGUCAUCAACCGCAAGCUGGGCGUGGGCGCGUUCGGCACGGUGUACGGCGGCCACGCGCGCCUGGCGCCGGGCGGCGGCUGGACCGCCGUGGCCGUGAAGACGCUGCGGCGCGGCGCCGGCACAGAGGACAAGCUCGACUUCCUGUCCGAGGCGGAGGCCAUGAAGCGCCUCGAGCACGAGAACAUCGUGCGGCUGCUGGGCGUGGUGACCGCCAGCGAGCCCGUGUGCAUCAUCAUGGAGUUCCAGGUGUACGGCGACCUGAAGACGUACCUGCUGGCGCGGCGGCACCUGGCGGGCGAGGGCGGGGACGCGGCGGGCGAGGUGUCGGCGCGCACGCUCACGGCGCUGGCGCUGGGCGCGGCGCGGGCGCUGGGCUACCUGGCGCAGCAGCGCUGCGUGCACCGCGACGUGGCGGCGCGCAACUGCCUGGUCUCCGCGCGCCGCACGCUCAAGCUGGGCGACUUCGGCAUGACGCGGCUGGUGUUCGAGCACGACUACUACCGGCUGGGCCGGCGCGGGCUGCUGCCGGUGCGCUGGAUGGCGCCCGAGAGCCUGGCGCUGGGCGUGUUCUCGCCCGCCUCCGACAUCUGGUCCUUCGGCGUGCUGCUGUACGAGAUGGUGACGCUGGGCGCGCUGCCCUGGGCUGGGCUGAGCAACGCGCAGGUGCUGGCGCGCGUCACCGGCGGCCAACACCUGCCGCUGCCGCCGCGCCUGCCGCCGCAACUGGCGGGUCUGAUGCGGUCGUGCUGGGCGGCGCGCGGGGCGGCGCGGCCGGCGGCCAGCGAGGUGGUGUCGUUCCUGGCGACGGCGGCGGGCGGCGCGCUGCUGGCGCCGAGCCCCGCCGAGCCGCUGGAGCUGCUGCCGGCGCCGGGCGAGGGGGGCGGGGACGGGGAGGGGGGGGAGGGCAGCGCGGGCGGCUGGGGCGGCGCCACCGACUCCACGGAGCUGAGCGACGAGCUGACGGACGACGCGAGCGACGCUGGCGACCAGCUGCUGGCCUGAGCGCGGCGCGGGCUGCUCCGAGCUCCGGCACUCACUGCUGGCACGCGCGAGCCGGCCGGAAGGGUCGGACUGUGACUGCAGUCGGAGAAACUCCUUAACCGUGCAUCUAAAGGAACGGAACAGGUCGUCCACGUGGAUAGGCUCCGUCAAGCAACUCACCCGGGGCGUUGGUUGAGCUGAGGCCCGCCCCAGGGCUAUGUAAAUCAUAAAUGUUUCAGCAAGAUAAUGUAAAUAGUAUAAUAGGUGUCGCAAUAACAGAGUAAUUAUUACCAAAACCAUAAUUAUAGUACCUAGGUAUAUACACCAAAGGCAGCCCAUUCUCAGCCACGAUAUACGUUUUGUGUAAGUAAAUGUUUUUAAAAGGCUGAAUAAUAAUUAAUUACCAAAUAUUAUGCAAUGUUAUACAUAGGUACAAUACAACAUAAUAAUGGGAGAUUUUCUGAUAUCACUAUAUUUAUGAUUUAGUUAAGCUGUCAAAAACUAUUCUGCAUCAUAAUAACUUUGAGAUUUUAUAAAAUUGUGGGAACUACAGGAGUACAAUAGAGAUAUCCUAUGUCUAAGUACUGUGCAAUGAAUUUAGACUUAUCCGACUGUAAAUAAAUUUAAUAUUAAUACCAAGUUAAAAGAAUGUAUUUUGCUUAUUU